CAAACCUUGACUGCGGUGACAGUCAGCGGAAGACAUCUCUCUGGAACGUAAUCACACUUUCGAGCGUCGAUAAAUAAUUACUUCAGAAUAGAGACGAGGUUAUGGUGUGAGAAUCAGAGUCUGUGCGUUUACGUAGCCUAAAUUUAACUUAAUCUCAGCUGUCUUUGCCUGGCAGGUUGAGGUUGUCAUGGUAAAUGCUACUUUAAAGUUUAUUAACAUUUUUAGUGUCAAAGUUGCCGAUUAAAAUUGACAAUUGGCCUAUAGGUGAUCUUAACACACUGCUUUGACAGUAGAGUAUUGCUUGCAUUUAUUCAUAGCUGCUAGUUCGUUGUUCUCGAAGUUACUCGAUGAUCUGGUAGGCUAUUCGACUGUAUUGAUUCGUGGGGAAUUAGACAUCAUGUUUCCAUUGGAUGCGCCUUGGAACAUUUCCUUUGCCGGUUGUGGGUUCCUGGGGAUCUACCACAUUGGAGUGGCCAGUUGCUUGCAGGAGCAAGCACCGUUUCUGGUGGAGAAUGCCCGGCACAUCUACGGAGCCUCGGCGGGAGCCCUGACCGCAUCGGCCUUGGUCAGUGGGGCAUGCUUAGGUGAAGCGGGCGCAAGCAUCAUUGACGUUGGUAAGCAAGCGAGGAAGCGGUUCAUGGGUCCCUUGCACCCGUCCUUCAACCUGGUGAAGAUUAUGAGGACGCUGCUGUACCGCACAUUGCCGCCCGAUGCCCACCAACGCGCAAAUGGCCGCCUGGCCAUCUCUCUGACUCGCGUCACCGACGGCGAGAAUGUGCUGGUGUCCCACUUCAACAGCAAAGAGGAGCUCAUUCAGGCAUGCGUGUGUAGCGCCUUUAUCCCUGUGUACUGUGGCCUCAUUCCCCCAACACUGCAGGGAGUGCGGUAUGUGGAUGGAGGCAUCUCCGAUAACCUCCCCCAGGACGAGCUGAAGAACACCAUCACCGUGUCUCCGUUCUCGGGCGAGAGCGACAUCUGUCCCCGAGACGACUCGUCCACCAACAUGCACGAGUUCCGCUUCACAAAUACCAGCAUCCAGUUCACCCUGAGCAACCUCUACCGUGUCUCUAGAGCGCUGUUUCCACCUGAACCACAGAUGAUGAAGAGUAUGUGCAAACAGGGAUACAGGGACGCCAUGCGCUACCUGAGGAAGAACGGGCUGCUGCAGUUCCGGCGGCCUCACCCUGUGCUGGGCAUCGGAGGGGUUGGUGAGGAGGAGGAAGACGAGGAUGAGGAGGAUGAAGAGCACAAGGUCGAGAAACAGAAGGAGGCAGGAGGAGACACGCUGACGCACACACGCUCACACAUGCUGGAGGAGCACAUCUUCGAGCACCUGCCACCCAAAGUGCACAGAGCUCUGGUGGAGGCUUGUCGGGAGAGGCAGGGUUUGAUCCAGUCGCUAGGCAACAUGCUGCCUGUCCGGCUAGCUUCAACUCUCAUGCUGCCUUACACACUACCUCUGGAGUCAGCGAUGUCUCUCACAGUCAGGUUGUUUGAGUGGUUGCCGGACGUUAGGGAGGACAUGAGCUGGCUGAAGGACCACACUCUCACUGUGCUACAAUCUGCAGUCCGACAGGCAGGGAAGAGUGUGUCUCAGCAGGUAUCUGCACGGUUCUCCUACCAGCUGGAGUUGAUCCAUGUAGUGAGUUUGCCCUCGGUGCUGUCUGCCCACCUGCUGCCCGGCUGGGUAUGUGAGGGCGGCUCGUCCGUGCUGGACGCCGUGCUGCGGCUAGACCACUACCCCCGCCAGCUGCUGCCCAGCCUCUUCUGCAUCAACCUGGACCUGUGGGGCUCCAUCAGCACCACCUCGCACGCGCGUGCCGGGCACACACACACGCACGCACGCCUGCAAGGUCACGCACAAACACACUCCACUGACGCUCACACACUCACACACCCCUCUGAGGAAGAUGGGCUGCAUAUGUUGAAUAUAGCUGCUUCUGCACUGCAGCACCCUACAGAGGGGUCAGCUCCUGGACAAAUGUGAUGUCCCAUCAGCCAUCUAUUCCAGGAAGUGUCCUGUCUGCAUGUGUGUUUGUGUGUUUGUGUGUGUGUGUGUGUGUGUCUGUGCGUGUCUCUCUCUGUGUGUGUGUGUGUGUGAGUGAGUGAGUGUGUGUGUGUGUGUCUGUGUGUGUGUGUGUGUGUGUGUGUGUGUGUGUGUGUGUCUUGUAUUUAUUGAACCUGAUGCAUUUUCACUGGCUGAAUCCCUGAGGACAGACCUCUCCUGGAGAGGACCAGACUUGAGGACCGCUCAGCAGGUUUCUCUAACCUCCACAACAUGGUUCUCAGCUCCUGAUGGACAUGAUGCUGACCAGCAGUCAUCUUCCCAGUAGUUUUCUGUUCCGAGAUCAGCAGACCAGUGUGAGGCACUGAUCAAUGCAAGUCUUCAGACGACCUCUAGGUGUCUUCAGACGACCUCUAGGUGUCUAGCAGAAGUGCUUCUGUCCCACUGAGUUUCAGAGUGACCGAGCGUGUGUGGGACCAGGGAACCUGGUCCUGGACUAAAACCACACGACGUCCCUAGCGCAGAACUGAACCUGACCGUGGUCCAUCAAACAGAACCACACGGGGUCCCUAGCGCAGAACUGAACCUGACCGUGGUCCAUCAAACAGAACCACACGGGGUCCCUAGCGCAGAACUGAACCUGACCGUGGUCCAUCAAACAGAACCACACGGGGUCCCUAGCGCAGAACUGAACCUGAACCUGUCCAUCAAACAGAACCAACAUGGAAAACAACAAUGCAAAUAUUCAAUGCAACUACUAAUGCAGUGUUAGAAAUAUGAAUUAUCCAGAAUGUAUGUAAUAUAAGUCUCCUCUGUCAUAAUGUAUGUAAUAUAAGUCUCCUCUGUCAUAAUGUAUGUAAUGUAUGUCUCCUCUGUCAUAAUGUACAGUAUGUAAUGUAUGUAAUCUUCUCUGUCAUACGUGUGUGUUUACUGAUUAGUUUACAGUUUAGUUUACAGAGUCAAAUACAGAUCUGAUGCUGUUUGCUUCACGCUGCAAGUGCUUUAUGCUGCUGUAAAAACUUGUAUAAAUACGGUCUCCCUGACUGGCCUAUAAUGCAAGAGGACUGGACGUUUCUAUGUGAGGUGAUGAGAGGUGUGACUCAACGAGACGACUUCUUUAGCCAAAUGGCCAAGACUACAACUGUUUUUAUUUCUUUUGUAGUGGGAAAUAGCCACUGAUAAAGCACACACAUGGCCUCAGACUGGACAUGGUCCAUCAUCGCUCAUGUUUAGGGCAGUAGUGUUGUGUGUACUAGACGUGUGGAAGCCACGUGGCUUGGCUGCUGUUGGAAGGGAUGAGCGAGGUGAAUAAGGUGGACGAGCUGUAAAAAUAGAAAUUCUACUGGAUGUUGAUCAUUUGCUCUCAAAAGAAUCUGUAAAAAUAAAUGUAAUUUUGUGAUUUUUGUAAUGUUUGAAGAAAGUAUAACACAGUCAGGGUCUAUUUGCAUGUACAGGUACAUGUCCUACUUGUAAAUUCUAUACUUUUACAUAGUCACUUUUGCUGCUGUAACAAUGCAAUUUUCUCCAUUAAAGGAUUAUCUUAUCUUA